UGGAUAAUGAAACGAUUGAUUAAUUGAAUAAUUAAACUUUUAUGAUUGUUGAUUAAUUGCUCGAUUGAUUGAUUGCUCGAUUAAUUGAUUGAUAAUUUUGUGUGUCUGUGUGUGUUCGCAGGGCGGUGACGGACCCCCGAGACGGGAAGCGCGUGGCCCUGAAGAAGAUGUCGAACGUGUUCCAGAACGUGGUGUCUGCCCUACGGGUGUACCGGGAGCUCCGCAUGCUCUGCCACUUCCACCACGAGAACGUGCUCUCAGCGCAGGAUAUACUCCAGCCAGGCCCCAUAGACUUCCUACACGAAAU